UUCCUGAGCAUGCUUAGGGAAUGACAGGCAUCUGCUCAGGCAGACUGCGUUACCUUGGCUGGGUGUCGUCAUUGGCUGCCUAUUAGAAAAACUGCUAGACAAUGCAUACCACCGCCUGUGACUGUAAACAUAGGGGCUAUGUGUUCGCUUAGCGUGGACUUCGGGGAGGGGCCAAAGAAGGGCGGUCUGCAGUUUUAUUGAGUAGGGCACUGUGCUGUGCGCUAGGCUGCCUGCCUGCCUACUGCUCUCUCGCUGUGCUCUCCCUUAAAGGAAUCAGUCCUUCCUUUCCAGCGUUGUCCUCUGGAAGAAGUUGCAGCCUCACGGAGGUAUCAAAAAAUAUUUCCAGAUCAUCCAAUCUACAGGGUUUGGCGAUCACCAGCAGGCUCAGGAGUGAACAUCCGACUGCUUUACUACAUUAUCUGGUCUCCUGAAACCUCACCAUGGAUGAUUUUGAACGUCGCAGAGAACUCAGGAGGCAAAAGAGGGAGGAGAUGCGGCUGGAAGCAGAAAGAAUCGCCUAUCAGAGAAACGAUGAUGAUGAGGAAGAAGCAGCCCGGGAACGGCGCCGCCGAGCGCGGCAGGAAAGGCUGCGGCAGAAGCAAGAGGAGGAGUCCUUGGGCCAGGUGACCGAGCAACUGGAGGCCCACGCCCAGAACAGUGUCCCUGAUGAGGAGGCCAAGCCAACCACCAUGAACACUCAGGCAGAAGGUGAUGAGGAAGCUGCAUUACUGGAGCGUCUGGCUCGGAGAGAAGAAAGACGCCAAAAGCGCCUUCAGGAAGCCCUCGAGCGGCAGAAGGAGUUUGAUCCCACAAUGACAGACUCCAGUCUGUCACUGCCAAGCCAAAGAAUGCAGAACAACCUAGAAGAAAAUGAGACUGCCGAGAAGGAAGAGAAAAGGAAGAGUCAUCGAGAAAGAUACGAGAUGGAAGAAACAGAAGUUGUCACCAAGUCCUACCAGAAAAAUGACUGGCAGGAUGCUGAAGACAAAAAGAAAGCAGAAAAAGAAAAGGAGGAAGAGGAAGAUGAGAAGACAAAGCAAGGGAGCAUUGGAGAAAACCAGGUAGAGGCGAUGGUAGAAGAGAAAACAGCAGAGGCUCAAGAGGAAACGGUGGUAAUGGUGUUGAAUAAUGGGCAGGCUAGUGCAGAAGAGUCUACACUAGAGGAAGAGAGGGACCAAGGCUCAGGCGAGGCUUCUCAUAAUGAAAAGAUGGAAGAGGAAGAAAGAGAAAGAGCUGAGGCAGAGAGGCUAAGGUUGGAAACAGAAGAAAGAGAAAGAAUUAAAGCUGAGCAAGAAAAAAAGAUAGCAGAAGAGAGAGAAAGAAUCGAAGCAGAAGAAAAAGCAGCUGUAUUACAAAGGGAAAGGAAGGAGGCAGAGGAGAGGGAGAGGAUCCAGGAGGAAGAGAGAAGGGCUGAGGAGGAGAGGAGGGCCGCAGAGGAGAGGAGAGCCGCGGAGGAGAGGAGGGCCGCGGAGGAGAGGAGGAGGAGGGCCGCGGAGGAGAGGAGGGCCGCGGAGGAGAGGAGGGCCGCGGAGGAGAGGAAGGCCGCGGAGGAAAGGCAGAGGGCCAAGGCAGAGGAGGAGGAAAAGGCUAGGAUAGAAGAGCAAAAAAGAAAAAAGCAGCUAGAAGAGAAAAAGAAUGAGAUGCAAGACACAAAGAUGAAAGGGGGGAAAGUCCUGGAGAAAAGAGAAGGGAAGUGGGUAAAUGAAAAGAGAGUUCAAGAAGACACACCUCAGACAGCUGGCCUAAAGAAGCAGGAAGAAGAGAGGGGACCUAAAGGGCAAGCUCAAAGACAAAAGCCCCAAGAAGACAAGCCUGCUCUCAAAACACAAGAGAUCAAAGAUGAGAAGAUUAAAAAGGACAAGGAGCCCAAAGAAGAAGUUAAGAGCUUCUUGGAUCGCAAAAAGGGAUUUACAGAAGUGAAGUCACAGAACGGAGAAUUCACGACCCACAAACUUAAAGUCACUGAGAAUGCUUUUAGCCCCAGCCGCCCCGGAGGCAGCAAAGAGGCCGAGGGCGCCCCGCAGGUGGAGGCCGGCAGGCGGCUGGAAGAGCUGCGCCGCCGGCGCGGGGAGACCGAGAGCGAGGAGUUUGAGAAGCUCAAGCAGAAGCAGCAGGAGGCCGCCCAGGAGCUGGAGGAGCUGAAGAGGAAGAGGGAGGAGCGCAGGAAGGUGCUGGAAGAGGAGGAGCAGAAGAGGAAGCAGGAGGAGGCCGACCGCAGGGCCAGGGAAGAGGAAGAGAAGAGGAGGCUAAAGGAAGAGAUUGAGAGGCGAAGGGCUGAAGCUGCUGAGAAGCGUCAGAAGAUGCCAGAAGAUGGUUUGUCAGAUGAAAAGAAGCCCUUCAAAUGCUUCACCCCCAAAGGUUCAUCUCUCAAGAUAGAGGAGCGAGCAGAAUUUUUGAAUAAAUCCGUGCAGAAAAGCAGUGGUGUCAAAUCAACUCAUCAAGCUGCCGUGGUCUCCAAGAUCGACAGCCGCCUGGAGCAAUACACCAGUGCUAUCGAGGGAACGAAAACUGCAAAGCCGACCAAGCCAGCAGCCUCGAAUCUUCCCGUCCCUGCUGAAGGCGUGCGCAGUAUCAAGAGCAUGUGGGAGAAGGGGAAUGUGUUCUCAUCCCCCGCUGCGUCAGGCACACCAAAUAAGGAAACUGCUGGCCUGAAGGUGGGAGUUUCCAGCCGCAUCAAUGAGUGGCUGACCAAAACCCCAGAUGGGAACAAGUCGCCUGCUCCCAAACCUGCUGACUUGAGGCCGGGAGAUGUAUCUGGCAAGCGGAACCUUUGGGAAAAGCAGUCUGUGGAUAAGGUCACUUCCCCCGCUAAGCAGGUUUGAAGCAGUUUCAGAAAAACCCAAGCUCAAGACGCCAGACCAGCUCAGUUGUAGAGGGCUAAUUGCUCUGUUUUAUAUUUAUGUUGAUUUACUAAAUUCGGUUCAUUUUCUUUUGUUUUUCAAUAUCCCGGUAAACCCAUGUAUAUGAUCACUAUAUUUAAUAGCCACAUCUAGAGAUAUUCAUGGUCAACUUUGCACAGGAACCUGUUUCGUAAGAAACCCAUGCUGUGAAAUAGACUUUUCUACUGCUCAUCGGAACUCCUUGUCGGAACAGAUAUCAACCACAGUGGAAGUCAACAAAAGGAGAUUCAACAUUAAGAUUGCCUGAGGAAUGUGUGCAGUAUCUACAAAAGUGAACCGUAGUAUUUUUUAAAAAUAAAUUCAUACAGAAGUGACAUUGUUUCUGCACUUUAGAAUAAAGCAUGGAAGAAAUUAUCUAAAGUAGGCAAUUAUAAUUGUUUCUGAAAUAACCCAUAUCAGAUUUGAUAUACAGCAAUAAUGAUUGUCUUUUUUAAAAAAGAAGAUGUACUAAGGUAUUACUUUUUUCAUGCUGAUUCAUAUCUAAAUUGGAUUAUUAUUUUAGCUGACAGUGGUACUGAUUUUUUUAAGUUGGUUGCUUUGUGGAUUUCUAUGAUAGUGAUAGUAGCCUGAACCACAUUUUAGAUUAUCCAGUUAUGUAUGUAUGUGCAUACGUGUAUACAAACACACUAAUGGUAGAAUGCUUUUCCAUGUGCUAGACUAUUAUAUUUAGUAGUAUGUCCUUGUAACUCGCCAAUAUCACAGCUUUUUAAAAAAUAAAAAUCACAAUAUUAUAUUAAUAUUUCAUAUUUGCCAGUAGAAACAUGGCAGAUAGGUUAUCAAUAUGUUUUCAAUGCCCAAUGACCUGUAAUGAAAAGUAUUGCAACAAAGAAGGAUUAAAAAUGUCAAAAAUGAGUUGAAACUUCCUAUAACAUAAUAUUUAGUCUAUAACUAAAGGCAAUCUUCAAGUCCAGUGUGAGUGGUAUGAAAUCUACCAUCCAAAUCAAGCUCAAAGCCUGCUUAUUUGUAACAAAAAGGUUCGUAGUAAGUUGACCUACAUGAUAACUAAGGUCUCUUUCUUCACCAAAAUGUAAAGGCAUGAAUUUCUGUGAUGAUAUUACACAUACUAGAAUUCCACAUAGAGGUCUAAGCAAAGGCUGACUCUGGAUCGUGUCUAGAUGCAAAUGAGUGAAUGAAAGCCAAUAUUGAAGAGGCGUGACAGUAUUUCCAUCUUUAUACACUCUGAAACAUUUUUUUAAAUUAAACUUUGCUUCUUUUCUUAGUCAUUGGUACUUUCAGUGUAUUGAAAUUUCAAAAAAUUGAUAUAUGUUAAUUUUACUAGUCUUGCUUUUUCCCCAAGAGUCAUUAUCGACUUACUAUUUUUGCACACACACAAUCUAGACAUCAGAUCAUGUUUUAACCUGCAAGUCUUUAUUGUCCAAAAUACAUGAAGGAGGACUCCAGAUUAUCAGCAAAAUGUCCCAGGAUAGAUGACACACACAGUCUCAGACAUGAACUAAUACCUCAUUUAUCAAAAAUUGCCUUUGUCUCAAUUCCUGCCACAAUGACAAAAACCUCUCAAAUAACUGUCUUCUGAAAAACAUAUUUUCCCAGAAAAGUCAACCAGGGAAAAACUGGCUUGAGGAAUAGCCACUGCCUUCCAAAACCUGUUUCUUGUUAAUCAGGAAAAGGUAGUGUAAUCCCCUUUUAGCAAACCUGGGCCAAAGAAAGAUAAGCCGUCAAGAUUGCACACACAUUGCCAGCUACCCAUGACAGAGUAGACACAAGUCUAUGACAAGAUAAACUAGGAUUUACAUGAAGCACCUGUGUAAGUGACUGCUGUCAUUGCAGUGAGAUGGAUCAAUCACAUUAUUGAUGAGGAGAGGAGAUUGCUUUAUUGAGCUUUUGAAUCAGAGCAUCUCCUGGUCACUAUCACAUAUUUCUCUAGAAAGUCUGAAGUUGAGAAGAGAAUGUAAUGAUCCUGACUUUUAUUCCAAUAUUUGAAUGGAAUAAAUUUAGGGUAGAAUUCUGUUGUUUGGAUUUAAUCUUUUUAAAAGCAAGUUCCUCAUUACAAUGUUCUGUUACCUUUAAGAGCUCAAGCUGUAAGUCGACUAGCAUGUUCUGUGAAUCUGCCAUUCCUAAAAAUGCUAUAAACACUUGAUAAUUUUCACUGAUAAUUGAUGGCUGCAAUAAAAUAUAUUGUGAAAAUGCUCCACAAUAAAUGGAAUUUCUCCAAA